GGAAUAGUGGUAGGGGGCAGAAGGCCCUGGAGAGAAUCCCCAUUGGGAAGGACAGGAGGCAAUUGGGUAGUGGAGCAGGGGGAGCAGGAGACUGUGGAGGGGACCCUGUCAACGUAGGCAGAGUGCCAGUUAUUUCACUUGGCUGUUUCUCUCCUAGGUUUGCUAGACAGGUAUUAAAUUGUGGGAACCCAAGCAACCCUACCACAGGGUUACCCAGGGAAUGGGGUUUCUCUUCACAACCACUGGAAGAUCUUGGCAUUAGAUGUUCAGGGCAACAAGUUGUUUGCUUGUGUUUACAGCCAGCCCUAGCUCUGAUGGAGGGGUGGGAAUAGGAUGAAGUUAUAUUACAUGCAAGAAUGUUCCACACAAUCUGGGCCAAGGAUUAGGGUGGAGUUUCAGCACGUGUGUUGCUUGUUGCAAUGGUUUAGGGCCAGUCCCAGGUUUACAGUGGCACCCUGGAGCCGGUCCCAUGCUCAAAAGGGGCCCUGGCCUGCUCUGCUUGCACUGUGGUCCAAGACCCUGCCAGUCUGCUGGCUCCCUACCACCAUCACCACCACUUGCUUCUCUUGGCCUGGCUGGCCAAGGGUGGCUCUCUGCCCCUGGGCCCCACCCACCAGUCCUCUCUGUCCCCUGGCCAGACCCCAGCACAUCUCCGGCUCUGGGCAGUCUCUGCUUCCCACCACCUGUGGGGCCCUACCUGUCUCCCUGGAGCCAAACUGCCUAGGACUGGUGCAAAAGCCUGGCCAGUCUCAGCUAGUUGGGAGGGAAACAGCAUGGGAGGACUUAGCUGGGCCUCUCCAGGCAAGUGGGUCCUGAGGGAGCCCAGCCAAGACAUGCCCUGGCCUGGCUGAUUGCACCACUCACGAGGGCUGGAGCAAUUCCUGAGCCCAGGACCAGCCCUGACUGGGCUGCCAGCUCAGCCUGACAGACACAGUUACCUCCCAGCAGGGCUGCUGUUAAAUGCCACACAAUGGAAGAGCGUUCAAACUUGAUGAAUAUGAUGAAGCUCAGUAUCAAAGUCUUGAUCCAGUCAGCCCUGAGCCUGGGUAGGACUCUGGAUUCCGACUUUCCUCCUUUGCAACAGUUCUUUGUGGUGAUGGAGCACUGUCUAAAGCAUGGGCUAAAAGCCAGGAAGAGUUUUAUUGGACAGAAUAAGUCCUUUUUUGGUCCUUUGGAGCUGGUGGAGAAACUUUGUCCAGAAGCAUCAGAUAUAGCAACUAGUGUUAAAAAUCUGCCAGAGCUGAAGACCGCAGUAGGAAGAGGAAGAGCUUGGCUUUAUCUUGCACUCAUGCAAAAGAAACUGGCAGAUUACUUGAGAGUACUAUUGGACCACAAACAUCUAUUAAGUGAAUUUUAUGAACCUGAUGCAUUGAUGAUGGAGGAGGAAGGAGCAGUGAUUGUAGGUUUGCUGGUUGGACUGAAUGUUCUUGAUGCGAACCUUUGUUUGAAAGGAGAAGAUUUGGAUUCCCAGGUUGGAGUGAUUGAUUUUUCCUUGUACCUUAAGGAUAUACAGAACAGUGAUGAUAGCAAACAAGAUCCAGGGAUUAAUGCUGUGCUUGACCAGAAGCAUUAUGUGGAAGAACUUAACCGUCAUCUAAGUUGCACAGUUGGUGAUCUCCAGAGCAAGAUAGAUUGUUUAGAAAAGACCAAUUCAAAACUCCAGGAAGAGCUUGCAGCAGCAACGGAUCGUAUCGGUUCACUUCAGGAAGAACAGCAACAGUUAAAACAUCAAAAUGAAUUAAUUCGUGAGCGGAGUGAAAAGAGUGUAGAGGUAACAAUACAGGAUACAAAAAUAGAACUGGAUACCUAUAAACAGUCACGCCAAGGUCUGGAUGAAAUGUACAGUGAUGUCUGGAAGCAGUUGAAAGAGGAAAAAAAAAUUAGGAUGGAACUAGAGAGAGAAUUGGAGCUGCAGAUUGGAAUGAAAACAGAAAUGGAAAUUGCCAUGAAACUUCUGGAAAAAGAUACUCAUGAAAAACAGGACACUUUGGUUGCUCUUCGCCAACAGCUGGAAGAAGUUAAAGCGAUUAAUUUGCAAAUGUUUCACAAAUCCCAGAAUUCAGAGAGCUCACUGCAACAGAAAAAAGAAACAAUAUCCUCUUUUGAAGGAAAAACAAAUCAGAUGAUGUCUACUAUGAAACAAAUGGAGGAGAGGUUGCAGCAUGCAGAACAGGCUAGGCAGGUGGCAGAAGGAAAAAAUAACAAGAUGAAGCAAGAGUUUGGUGGCAGAAUUGAGACUCUGCAGCAACAACUCUCCCAGGUGGACAAUCAAUGCUCAAUUCUGGAGAAGGAGUUAAAAUCUGAAAAAGAACAGAGACAAACUUUGCAACGAGAGCUGCAUCAGGAGAAGGAUACUACUAGUCUGCUAAAAACAGAACUGCAACAAAUGGAAGGGUUGAAAAAGGAACUGCGAAAAUUGCAAGAUGAGAAGCAGCAGUUAGAGAAGAUCUGUGAAGAACAGGAACAAGCUCUACAAGAAAUGGGACUACACCUUAGCCAAUCCAAACUGAAGAUGGAAGAUAUUAAGGAAGUAAAUAAAGCACUAAAGGGCCAUACCUGGCUAAAAGAUGAUGAAGCAACCCACUGUAAACAAUGUGAGAAGGACUUCUCCAUUUCAAGAAGAAAGCAUCACUGUAGAAACUGUGGUGACAUCUUUUGCAACACUUGUUCCAGCAAUGAACUUGCACUGCCAUCCUACCCUAAACCUGUGCGUGUUUGUGAUACAUGUCACACUUUACUGCUUCAGAGAUGUUCGUCUACUGCUUCCUAAUGCUUCAGUUGUUUCAAGAGGACCAUUCUAAACUUGGAGAAGGAGCCAUGAAUUUUUUUAAAACUCUGAUUUCCAGUAUCCCUUGUGCAGAAGAAAACAUCUCUUUAGAAUUCAACACUUUCCCUUCUAGAACAGGUCAAGUAAUAAUUUAAAAGACAAAGAUAUUUAUAGGAAUUAUGAAAGCUAAUGUUUUGCCAAUAUAUUUCAUAAUGAAAUCAAGUAGGAGAAAUAAAAAAUCAUAUAAUUUAAAAUGUGCUCACCAUGCUGAAACUUUGAAGUGCGAAUUCACUUUUCUGAAUUUUAUAAAAAGCUAUUUUCUUUAUUUAAAACUUUGUACUUCACAUUUGUACAUCUGACCUCUUAAAAAAUAAAUCACCGAUUUUUUUUUUCUGCACACUGUAACCUCAUGGUUCUAAUGACUCACUUUUAAUAUUCUCCAGAUUAUAUUAUGUUGGUUAUGUACAGUUUUAUAGGUGACCAAAGUAAGCUGAACAUGGAAAAACAGUCAACCUUCCACAUGUAUAAAUGAAUGUGCCUUCACUAUAUACUUCAAAGUAAAAAUAGCAUAUAGACUAUAUUUGUUUCUAAAUCACUUAUGAAUACAAUAGUGAUUAUGCAAUAAAGUCUUUGUUAAAGUAUGAAAAUGAGAUAUUUAGUCUUAACACUGUUCCAUUUUUUUCUUGAAAAUAAAUAGCAAUGAGUAAAAUCAA